CAGUCGCAGAUUGGCUUACAAAAUCAGUUAUAACGACAGAUUUACCUGGCAAAUACAGUUGGCAAAAUAGGUUUGUUAUGUGACAUUUGAGUUUCUUCUUUCGUUAAAAAUUAUCAAUGAUGGGAAAGGACUAUUACAAAGUUCUUGGUUUAGCCAAGACGGCAACAGAAGAUGAAAUCAAGAAAGGAUAUCGUAAAAUGGCUUUAAAAUAUCAUCCAGACAAAAAUAAAUCACCAGGUGCAGAGGAAAAAUUCAAGGAGAUUGCAGAGGCAUAUGAUGUAUUGAGUGACAAAGACAAAAAGGAAAUAUAUGAUAAGUACGGUGAAGAAGGUUUGAAAAACGGACCAUCACCAAGUGGGGGACCCGGAGGCCCUGGUGGAACUUACCACUACGAGUUCCAGGGUGACCCAAGAGAAACCUUUAAAAUGUUUUUCGGUGACAAUGACCCUUUUGCCAGCUUUUUCGGUGGCGGAGGAGGCCAGCCUGGUGGACCUGGGGCACGUGUAUUUCAUUUUGGACCAGGUGGUGGUGGUCAUCAUGAAAAUAUGGAUAUAGACGAUGAUCCUUUCGGUGGUGGAUUUCAUGGGUUCCCAGGGUCAGGGGGACAAGCUGGUUUACCCAGAAGGAAAAGGAAAGAUUCAGCAGUUGUGAGAGAACUUCCAAUAGCGCUUGAAGAUAUCUGUAAAGGGACAACAAAAAAACUAAAAAUUACAAGAAAAGUGCUCAAUGCCGAUGGUCGAUCGACAAGAAACGAAGACAAAAUAUUGACAAUAGAUAUAAAGCCAGGAUGGAAAUCUGGCACCAAAGUGACAUUUCCUAAAGAAGGAGAUCAGACUCCAAACAAUAUACCAGCAGAUGUUGUGUUCAUUAUUAAAGACAAACCACAUUCUUCUUUUACCAGAGAUGGUUCUGAUAUCAAGUAUAAAGCAAAGAUUACACUAAGAGAUUCCUUGUGUGGAGCCACAUUACAGAUACCAACCAUUGAUGGUAGGAGGAUACCAUUGCGUUUAACGGAAGUGAUAAAACCAAACUCUGUCAAAAGAAUUCAGGGAGAAGGACUUCCACUUCCUAAACAACCCUCAAGGAGAGGGGACUUAAUUAUAGAAUUUGACGUUACUUUCCCUAGUCAGUUGUCACAAAGUGCUAAAGAAAUUCUUUCAGACUGUCUACCACGAUCAUAGAAUAUUAAUUAUUUAAUUAAAGUUAUAAAUUAGAGAAACUGUGAAAUCAACAAGUCAUUGUUCGAGAAAAUUGUGUUGAUGAACUUGAAAACAUUCUCAUUUUCUUCUACUAGAAUUUUAUCAUCUUUAAAAAACUAUGAUUCUAGAUAUAAGUUUGUAGUGUUAUCAUUGUUUAUGAUUAUUUAUCUAGACAAGAUGUACAAGCCUACAGGGGAUAAGAUAAGUUUUGUAGGUGUAUUUUUCAUGUUCUUUGGAGCACAGCCAGUUAAGUAGUGCGAUGAUUCAUGCAUGUAUUUACAUUAAUACUUUGUACCUAUACAAAAGAAUCAGAAGUUAAGAAGCCAUGAUUAAUUAGAACAUCAUGAACUGGUUUGUAGGGGGAAGUCCAAUUGUGCUAUAAAUAGACAUAGUUGUAGUUGUGACUGUAAUGAAAAGAAAGUUUAACAUGAAUGCAGGAUUAAUUUAUUACUUUAAACAUCAGGAUGUACAUGUUAACUGUAGCAAAUACAGGAAAAAAUCAGGAUAGGGUCAUGUAAUAUGUGUUAAAUAAAUACAUACAUCUUAUUUCUUUAUUUUUUUGCUUUUUGAAUACAAUUGAAUGGUCUGAAGUGCUUAUUGAAAUUUAUAACAUGUAUAACUGUACAAGUUUUAAAAAAAUGUUGGUCUUUGGGGUUAUUUUGUCCAAUUCAAUAUUUUAUUUCAUAUUGUAUUGUAUUGUAUGAUCUUCCAUUGUAAUAUAUUUCUUUUACACAAGGAGUAAUUCUUUUUGGGAGUUUAAAUUAUCUAUUGUGUGGUGACCAGAUCUACAAAUUUUGUCUCAAGCUGUUCUUUCCCCUCAGGCAAAAACAGAUAACAUUGUCAUGAUUUUAUGGUAGUUUCUUGCAUUGUUAUUAAAUUUUUGAAUUAUUUAAUUGUUAUGCAAUUCAGUCUGGUAAUAUUUAUAAUAAAAAUGCAAAAAGGAUUUUAAAGUACAAUUUUACUUUUUGAAUUUGCAACAUGGGUAAACUUUAUAUAAAAAAAUGAAUGACCUGCCAGUGCAAACAUACAUUUAGUACAUGUACAGUUACAUCUGCAGCUUACUAUUGUAUAGUUUGAGUCUAGCUUAUUGUUGCAGGUUGUUUAAGGAGACCUAUUACAGUAGAUUACAUCCAGGUCCUUUCUUCUCUGUUGCAGAGGCGGAUUUAGGGGGGCUUGUCCCCCCCCCCCCCUGUUGAGAACAAAAUUUGGUUGAUUAUAAAGGGAAUCACUGAAGCGUGACGGUAGUGGGCCCCCUCUUAGGCAGGCAGUGGGCUCCCACUUAUUAAAAUUUCUAGAUCCGCAACAAGAACAAAUAGCAGUUUUAUUGGCAAAUAUUCCAUACACACAAUUCAGUGCUUCAAUUUUCAUACAUGUAAGGACAUGUAAACUAUGUUAAAGGUCGUAAACUUGUAUUAUUAUAUGAAACUGUUAUUUAGACUAUUGAUUUAAUUUUUAGAAAAUCACAAGUCUUCUUUUGAAAUUUAAAAGUGUAGUAUGUAAUACUCUCUUAACAAAAUAUUAUGGUAAAGGAACUGUUUAAAUACUAGUCAACUGUAGGUCAUUGUAGUAGCAUUGCCUUUGUUCAGUAUGUAAACUGUCAAAUUAUUUAAAAUUUAAGCUCCUUAUGUCCAUAACCUGGGUAGGUCAGACAAUAAAAUUUAAAUGUCCAUUCAUGCAAUAGUCACAACCUGACUGAAAAAUUUAACGAAGUACUACAAUUAGAUUAAAAUUUGGUUAAUGGCCAUUCUACAUUGUUUAUUAUGUUUUAUAUUGGUCUAUGGUUAACCUUCCCUUGGAUAAAGAAGGAUGAAUUAUUUCUGAGAGACACUAAAAUAGAUGUUCUUUUUAUAAAGCACCAAAUCUAUCAUUCAUAAAUACUUUUGUUUUCUUCCCAAAACAGAUUUUCUGUCUUCGUUUUCUGCAUUCUUGUUAAAAAUAUAUAAAAUGUACUUCUUGAAAAAAGAUAAGUACACUAGUACUAUAAAUAUAUUAACUGUAAAAAUAGCCAAAAUCUUUUCUCAACCUUUAAUGAUAAUAGGAUUGAUAAAAGGCAUGCUGCUGUUAAACUUAACAUUUUUUGGGGAUGGCCUUACAAAAGGAUUGUUCACAAGAUUUGUUGUGUUGCUUAAUUAAGCAGCUUAUAUAAGGAUAAUUGAUGAUAUCUACAAAUGUUUUGUUGUUACAUGUUUGUGUAUGAUUGUUUAGUAGUAUAUGUUGCCAAUAAUAUUGGCGAGGGAGUCGAUGAUGUUAUUGUUUAUGAGUUGGUGUAUAUGUGUGGUUGAGGUAUGCACUUGGAAAAUGAAAAAAUGCAUCUGCGUGAAAUUGCUCAUACUAUUUGCAAUCCAUUAAUAAAAAUAUUAUAUAUUUAA